UACGCGCAGGGGCAUCCAGAAGUCAACCGACCUUUGUCAGAGAUCAGCGGCGCGUCCCAAGAUGGCCUCAAGAGCCUCCGCCGGCGCAGCCGCAGCAGGCCCUCGAGCCAGCCCCGGCCCAAGAGGCCCGGGAGUCACAGCCAAGUCCACCUCGGAUCCCAUUCUUCGCAAUGCUCUGCGAUACACCAUCUCGGCUCGCGAAUACGCCGUUCUGCACAAACACGUCAUCUCCAAAUCCAAGACGCUAAGGAAAAGGGCGCCAACAGUCGAUACCGUGCAGAGAAUCAUGGACGGUGAACCCCAAAAUAGGGGUCGCGGUGGUGGUGGUGGUCAGGCACUGGCCAAGGGUUACGCUACCAGUACCGGUUCCGGCGGUGGUGCGUCUUCCAGCGAUAAGGAUUCGAAAGCGAAGGCUAAAGAGGAGGUAUUGGCCAGGAUUGCUGGCAAGGGAGCGGGUGCCGACGAUUACAAUGCGAGAGCGAUCAGACACUCGCUACGCGUCUUCAUUGCGACUGGCGCGUUGAUGAAGUUGUGGGGAAUCGUGUCGGCGAGGGUUCUAGGGAAGAAGCAAGGCGGUGCUGCCAGCGGUCAGAAGCAGCCACUUCACAAGUCACCGACCCUCCGGCUAUCCCUAUCACUCAGCACCAUCUUGCUGAUGUACCGACUUCUUUUCCGCUUCUUCACACGCCUACGUGCCCAUUUGUUGGACCCUACGGCGGCUCCCUUCCGGAUUCGUAACCCCAAGACUACGCUCACGCUCACAUCGCCGUAUGCCCCUGCCGUCGGUGCUUCCCUGGCUGGUCUUGCGCUGGGUGUCUAUCCAAGCCAGCAGCUACGUGUUUCCAUUGCCGUAUAUGCGCUCUUCAGAGCACUCGAGUUCGGAUGGAAUUGUGCCGAGGACAACGGCAUGGUCUGGGGUUGGGAUAGGGGCACCCACGGCAGGCCGGAUAAGAAGCGGACGAGGCCGUGGUGGUGGGGAAGCUGGAUGUUGCAGCCCUUUGCGUUUGGCCAGCUGUUGCAUGCCGCCGUGUUCGAUCGGGACUGUUUCCCCACGGCCUAUGGUGACUUCAUCUUCAAGCAUUCCACGGCCUAUCUCCAUGCCAGACCCGAGGAUUUCCCUCUCAGCCUGAAGUGGCCCAAGGUUUACGAAAUAAUCGACAGCCUCGCCACAAUGGCCAAGCUCAACUGGCCGGCAUUCAUCUCCCCCGUCCUCUUCCCCGGCAAAGAAGACACGCUCCCAGCCUCCCUCUCCGCCAUCGCCCCCCUCACCUCCGGCGCCCACCCGCUCAUCACCUCCCUCUCCUGCGCGACCCUCCACCCCUCCGACCCUUCCUGCACGCGGACCUUGCUCACCUUCUGGCUGCGCUCCUUCACACCGCUAACCAAGAUCCUCCUCCUCGUCUACUCGGCCAUGGUUCUCCCGCGCUUCAGCUCGCUCUACCACUACCCGCUCUCCACCAUCCAGGGCAUCAUCUCCAAUGCGCUGCGCAUGUCGACCUUCCUGACGGGUGCCCUGGGCACUUGGUGGAGCAGCAUCUGCUUCUUCCAGACGUGGCUGCCGCGCACCUUUAUGCCCACGCAGCGUUUUUUCUUGGGAGGCUUCCUGGCUGGCUUCUGGGCCUAUCUGGAGAAGAAGAAGGGCCGGCCCAUCUUCUUGCACACGGCCAAGGCGAGCUUGAACAGCCUUUGGAAGGUCGGUGUCAAGAGGAGGUGGUGGCGGGCCAUGAAGAGUGGGGAUGUUUGGGUCCUUGUGGCGGCGUUGGCGCUUACUGGUGUGGUGUAUGAAAGGGACGCGAAGGCAAUCAAGGAAAAGAAUUGGAGGAAGGGAGUGUCCUGGGUUAGAGGUGAGGGGUGGAGGGAUUGGGUGGAGACGUUGGAGAUUGAGGGCGAUGAGGCGGAUGAGAAGGAGGAGGAUAUUUAUGAGCUGAAAAUUGAGGAGGAUGAGUCGGAGGGGGAGGGCUUGAGGUAUUAAGCUAGGGAAUGGUCUGAUGAGUGCGGAUGGAGAGGGAAAAGGAGAUACGUUGCUGGGGGUAGAGGGGAAUAGGGGUUCUUGCUGUGCGAGCAACCCUUGCUGGAUUGGCUGGCCAGCUGUCUUUUUGAAGAACGGACAUUGAAGACGUAGCGGGGUGGUGAUUUAGGGUGUACGUAGGUAGUCUUGCGAACUUGUCGAUAUACCCUUCUUUAGAUGAUUCUUGUUUACAUACAUGCCACUCAUUGGACCUUA